AUGAGUGACAAACCCAGCCCCAAGAACCUAAAGACCAAGAUCCAAUCCUUCCUCCAUAUACCAGACCGCACAGAUGCCGCGAGAGUCUCUGACACUGCGUCCGAGGUCACUUUGGCACCCAGGAAUCGAUCGAAUAUGGUGAAAGGGUCUCAGGGUCGAGCUGCCACUGCUUUGUAUAAUGGUGAUCAGUGCUUUGGCACUUGCUGUCGCGGGAGUGGGUAUUCGCGGUGA